UGUGAAGCCAAGUGGUGGGACACUGGAGUUUCUCGCAGAGUCCCAGAAAGUUGUUCAGUCUUGGUGAAAUCAUGGUCUCCGCUUCUUGGCUGUUGCUGCUCGGCUUGUGUUUCUCGGCUUCGGCCGGCGGAGAGCAGCGAGGCGGCGGGAAGCCGUCGGAGCCGAGGAGGCUGCAGUCUGGAGGUGAUGAGGAGCGACAUGUUUUAGAGAGGACGGAGCUGUCGAAGCGCAGCGCAGCACUGAAUGAACAGACAUGUACAGCUCUGUCCGGAGUGGAGGCAGCCCUGCUCAACAACACCAACACUUUCACGUUUAAAGUACGGACCAUGGGGUCACUGUCACUGGCCUGGGUGGGAGAUGGAUCAGGGGUGCUGCUGGUGUUGACGACGUUUCAGGUUCCUUUGUUCAUGAUGCGUUUUGGCCAGUCCAACCUCUACAGGAGUGAAGACUAUGGGAAGACGUUCCAAGACGUGACUCAUCUGAUCAACCACACCUUCAUCCAGACAGAGUUUGGCAUCGCCAUCAGUCCAGAUCAGUCAGGGAAGGUGAUCCUGACUGGUGAUGUGUCAGAUAUCGGAGGGUUUCGACUGUUUCGCUCUCAGGACUUCGGCCUAACCUUUGUUUCAAAUGACCUGCCAUUUGAGCCCCUCAUUCAGAUGCUGUACAACCCUGGAGACUGCAACACACUUCUGACGCUCAGUAUCACGUCAGAGCUGUGGCUAUCUGAGGACUUUGGCGCCACCUGGAGGAAGAUCCAUGACAGUGUGUGUUUGGUCAGAUGGGGCCCAAAGAACAGCAUUUACUUUACAACUAAUAACAAUGGAUCUUGCAAUGACAAAGGAAUGUUAGAGUUGAGGAAGACAGUCGACUAUGGUAGAAGUUUCCAGACCAUCGCAACGAGAGUUUACUCCUUUGUACUGGGAGGAAGAUUUGUUUUUGCUUCCAUCAUGACUGGCAUGGGUACAGAGCGGAUGAUCCAUGUGUCAGUGGACGGAGGUGAGCUGUGGAACAUGGCUCAGCUUCCCACAGUCAACCACGAGCAGUUUUACUCCAUCCUGGCAGCCAAUCAGGACAUGAUCUUCAUGCAUGUGGACGACCCUGGAGACUCUGGUGUUGGAACUAUUUAUGUGUCAGAUGACAGAGGAACUGUGUUCUCCAAGUCUCUGGAGCGCCAUCUCUACACAACCACGGGAAGUGACACUGACUUCACUGCCAUUGCUUCACUCAGGGGCGUCUACAUGACCAGCGUACUCACAGAGGACGAUGCAGUGGAGACAGUGAUCACAUAUGACCAAGGAGCAAAGUGGGAGACGCUGCACAGACCACAGAACAGCCACUGUAGCACCGACACUGCCACCAACAGACCAAACAGAUGCAGACUACACAUCCACGCCUCCUACAGCACCACCAUGAGGAUGAACGUCCCCAUGCUCCCUCUCUCACAGCCCAACGCAGUGGGCCUCAUCCUGGCCCACGGCAGCGUUGGAGAUGCGGAGUCAGCUCUCUCACCUGAUGUGUACGUGUCUGAUGAUGGGGGCUACACAUGGCUGUUGGCCCUCAGAGGACCUCAUCACUAUGCCAUCCUGGACUCUGGAGGCCUGCUGGUCGCCAUGGAGCACUCCAACUCGCCUGUCAACCAAAUAAAGUUUUCAACAGAUGAAGGGCAGUGCUGGCAUACGUACAACUUCACCAAUGACCCACUUCACUUCAGCGGCAUGGACAGUGAGCCCGGCUCUCGCUCCAUGAACGUCAGCCUGUGGGGCUACAGGAACGACUUCAGUAAAUGGGUGGUAAUCACAGUAGACUUCAGGAAGCUCCUCACCAGAGACUGUAAUGAAGGAGACUAUGUACAGUGGCUGGCUCAUUCUGCAGACCCAAGCGGAUCUAAUGAUGGCUGUGUGCUGGGCUAUAAAGAGACCUUUUUACGCCUGAGGAAAGACUCUGUCUGCUGGAACGGGAGGGACUAUGCAGUCACUAAGAAGCUGUCUCCCUGUCCAUGUACAGUGGAUGAUUAUCACUGUGACUUUGGGUAUUAUCGACCAGCGAACAGCUCAGAGUGUGUGGAGCAGGAGGAGAUGAAGGGCCGUCCUUUGGAGUUCUGUUUAAAUGGGACUACUGAGCAGCUGCAGACCAGUGGCUACCGGAAGAUUCCAGGAGACCAGUGUGAAGGAGGCUUCCAGCCAGACAGAAAGGAGACCGACCUGAGGAGGAUGUGCACUAGUAACGCCCUCCAUCCCCAUUCUCUGAGUGAAAACAGUUCAGCAAACACUGCUGUCAUCGUGAUGGUUGUCAUAGCGAUCCUCCUGUUGAGUGCUGUCGCAGGUGUUUGGCUGGUUAAGAAAUACGUCUGCGGAGGACGGUUCCUUGUGCACCGAUACUCUGUUAUGAGGGAACAUGUUGAAGCUAACAAAAUAGAGGGAGUAGAUGAUAUUGACACCCACUACAUGGAGACAGGAAAAGCACAAUAUAAUGAAGAUUCAGACCAGGACCUCUUAGAAUAAGAUUUCUCCCCAAUCAAAGGCUCUUCAAGACUAAAUCUAAUGCAGUCUUUCAUGAUGCCUGGGCAUUCCUGUUGCUCCCACAUGCUGAUUAACAUCUGCUUCUCACUUCUCGCUAUCCCCUGGUGGCUGGAAGAUUCAGCAGCAGCGGGGCCACUUAUUAUGUUGCUUCCUUGUACCAGUUGAGGCUCCCACAGACAGGAGGAGGUGGUGGUUUAGGGUGGAAAGGAGGGAGGGGGAACAAACCCAGUGCAAAACAGAAGAAAGCUUCUGGAGUCCCUGGAGAGCUUUUGUUUUCUCUGUCACAGAAAGUUCUGUAAAGACCGUUGAGUGUGAAUAUGUGCCCUGUUGUGCUCUGUAUGACUGCUUUCAUGUUGACCCAAGAAGAGACGGCCAUGCACUGCAGAGGCACAACACAGAUGCUGCAACUUGGAUAUACAGAUUGUGUUUUUAAGCAUUAGGGAACAGCCAAGACACAGAAUACAGAAAAUUAUCAGUACUCUUGCUUAGAGUUUUUACCUGCUGUCAGUUAACUUGUUUUUGUAAAUGGAAAACUUGCAAGAUACAGUCCUAUUGUGCAUGGUGGACCUUUUAAACAUUUGUUCUUUUUAAUUUCACCAGUCACUAAAAUUUGGCAUAGCAACAAGUUUCCUAGCAACUGCUGUGAUUGGCAGUACGUCUUUUUUUUGUUUCUGGUCACUGUUUUUCACUAGAGUUGCUUCUGUGGAUCAUGACAGGUAAAAACUGACUAGAAUAUUAACAGAAUCCCAUCAGGUGAUGCACUUUAGAUGUUACACUCUUUUGACUUUAAACAAAACUCUAAAAACUAUUUGUGAAGACAGUUAUUUCUCAUUGUACAUCCGUCUGACAAUUUUCUGUACAUAGGACAUAUUUCAUCAAUCCAUCCAUCCAUCCAUCCAUCCAUCCAUUCAUCCAUCCAUCCAUUAUCUAUAAACCACUUAAUCCUCAUUAGGGUCAUGGAGGGGGGCUGGAGUCUGUCCCAGCUGAAUUAGAGUGAAAGCAGGGGACACCUGGACAUGUCACCAGUCUAUCACAGGGCUACACAUAGACAAACAAGCACUCUCACAUUCACACCUACGGACAAUUUAGAGUUAUCGAUUAUCCUCAGCACGUUUUUUGGACUGUGAGAGGAAGCCGGAGUACCUGGAGAAAAUCCAUGCAUGCACAGGGAGAACAUGCAAACUCCACACAGAAAGAUCCCCGGCCCAGGCCAGGACAAGAAACGGGGAUCUUGUAGCUGUGAGGCGACGGUGCUAACCACCGAGUCACUGUGCAGCCCCAGCACAUAUUUCAGUUAUCAGGAAAAAAAUAUUUAUGCCAACAUGUUUGUUUUUAUCAUUUUACCCGUCUUUAACUAAAUUAAACCGAUUAAAAAAGAGACCGGAACAUUAAAAUAAGUACAAAUAUUUUGUAGAUAGAUGCAAAUUAAAAAUAGAAAAUGCUAAUCUUAGAAGAACUUGUACCUAUUAUUAGGUGUUUUCCUUCUCAGAAUAGGCCUUUUGCGGUUUGACUACACAGAAAAAUAGCACAAUCUGCCUGGGUACAGAUAAAGGCGAUGAGUCUGUGUUACCUUGUUUCAUUGAAAUCUAUGCAUUUUCCUGUGAUGUCUGACCAUUUUAGAAUUGCAAAUGUUGAUUUUGCUUGAGUAAAUGAAGUAUUUAACAAAGCUGGUUUAAACUUUAUUUUUUUUAAUGUUGAAGCCUGUCCAGGAAAAUUCUUGAUUAUCAGCAAACAGAUCAAUAUUGAAGCCAAGUGAACUAUGUUUUCACUAAAUUACAAAAUUUUGUUUCUCAUAGACCAUUCAUAUAUACUUUUCAACAAAUAGAAAUACAGCAGCAUGUAAACAAUGACAACAGCAAAAUUUUAACUGUGUGAUCAGUAUAUCAGCCUCCAAGAACAGUAAUAAAAGAUGCCAGCCUUUCAGUUUGAGUGCCUGGUGAAACUUUUGAUGUAAAUGUUAAAAGGGCCUGUCAUUAUUGUGAAGUUAUACAAUGUCAAAUUUUUUAAAUGCAGUGCAGCUUAAUGCAGCCAAUAUGUGGUGAAAGACUUGAAUUAUUGCCAAAGCACUUUGACUGUCUUCUAAUUUUAGAGGUGAGGUUGUAAAGGUGAAACCGAACCUUGGCCCAGCAUUGUAUGAAGGUAAUUCUAACUCAGACCCUUUACUUGAACUUUAUCCUUUUUUUUGUUUGUUUUUUGCUUAACAAGAUGCACCAGUAUGUUGCCAUUGUUGUGUUUCAUGUAGUUUUUUUGUAUUUGGCUGAUACUUCUCGUAUCAGCAAAUACCCAUAUGCAUUCGUCUAAUGAUCUUAAUGCAGGCACAGUUUUUAAGUCAUCAAAGUAAUGAAUAACAGUGUUUUUAUAGAGCAGUACAAACACUUCUAUGAUCAUGCUGAUACUGCUAUUGGUGCAACCCACAUACAUAAUCUCACUGAUGUUACAAAAUGUUCAGAUUAAUGUGUCUGUUGCCCAUAAAGAGCUUAUACU